GAUCCUGUUCCGCAGGGUAUAUAUAUACUCGGUAGUAAGUGUCAGGAGCUACAGACCGAACAUAGGCCUACACGCUCGAGAGGAAUAUCGACGUCACAGUGUCCGCAAUCUCUCCACCAAAAUGGCGAAAGUAUCUAUCGGAGAAGGACUUGCCUACAACUACUACACUGGCUACCUAAGUAUGGUAUUAACCAGUCUCGCUGAAAGGAUCACUAGCAGUAAAUUCGGCAAAAGCACGAAGAACAAGAAGCUGAUUCUUCUAAUCCCCGCUAACGGCGAAAUUCCAGCAAAUCUGCAGGAGGUUGAUGGGAACGUACGGCCGGUUGGGAAAUUGGAUCCAUUGGUGAUAGACAGAGCUGGAUGCAAGAGAAAGUACUCUAACAACGAUGACUGUGUUUAA